AUGACCACCACCUACGCUGUUCAGUCAUUUGACAACCUUGACGCCAUUCAAGCUGACGUACUGAGUCCCUAUCGAUUUGAAAAGGUAGCAGGGGGUCAGCCUGCUGGAAUUCUCAUGCAGGCACCGUCUUCCAGCCUUUUAACGAUGGACCCUCGAGCAGCACAGCCUGGAACCAGCGAGGAGUUUGGCGAUGCUUCCGAAUCUUCGUUGGCGCAAAAGGAGAAGAUCUUUUUUGUGGAAAAUGCAUCGCGGAAGAUGAGUUCAACCACAUACUCUCUGGCUGGAAAGACUCCGGUAAUCUGCAGUUCAGUGGGAACUCUCACCAACGCCGUCUCACGUAAGUGGAACUUCACGUCAGUCAUGUUAACGGGAAUGGCGAAGCGACUACCACCCCUGUCAUAUGUGGCCACAGUGAGCUGA